AUGUCGAGUCCAUUAAACGAGCCUACACCCAACGCUCCACCCCUCGGGGUUGUGCCGAUGCCUCGUUGGUCAAAUUGGGUAGGGUGUGCUAGAGUUGUGAUCGCCGUCUUGGUACUUGCCUUCACCGCUGCAGCAACGGCGAUUUGUGGUGGAUACACUGGGUUUGGAUUUGCCCUCUUCACAUCUUCUGCAACGCUCCUCAUCUUUGUUUAUUACUACGUCUGUCUCUCUUACAAACCUCGGCUGUACAAUCGCUGGGUGAUUCUCGGACUUGAAAUUUUUGGCGUCGUCUUCUGGAUAGUUGCCUUCGCCUUGUUGGCAGAUUGGACUGCUUUCUACAAUGCAAACAAUUGGUGGCUCAACUACUACGACGACAACUAUGAUUAUUCCUGGGAAUACCCAUACACCAACGACAAGUCUCGACACUCGGGUCGCUUGGGAGGGAAAUAUCGAGCCGCAAUUGGUCUGGCUGGUACAGCUGCUGGUCUUGGUGCUGUCGAGUUUGUCCUUUUCGCUGUCACGCUCGUCAUCUUCGGUUUAUCGCUUCACAAGCAGCGACAAGAGGCUCGUACUGCAUCUACAGCGCCUGCAGCCACCACAGAACCAACCACAUCGACUGUGGAGACCAAGGAUGUUGAGGUUGGGCAAGAAUAGUCAUUACACGUGUGGUACAGACACCAAACUGGACUUUGUGGUGAUAUUGGGGGCAUGCACGUGAUCUGGCAUCGACCUGGUUGUUUGCUGGAUGAACAUUUACAAAGUGCAAGCACGGCCAUUUGACACGAUUGGGCUGACUCUGAACCAGCUAUUUCUUUGAAUUCCAGCCAACCAUGUUUCAGGCAUAUGUUGAGACCAACAGACUUUGUCCAUGGCAGUUGACCACGAGGUCAAGAAAC